AUGAGCAAUUAUUCAGCCGGACUCGGUAAGCCUGGCUCAGGUAAAAGGAGAAUCAAAGAUCUAUUAAAUCAACCUGACAACCGAGUCUGCGCUGAUUGUGGCGCUUCUGAUCCUAAAUGGGCGUCAGCAAACAUCGGAGUGUUCAUUUGCUUGAAAUGUUGCGGUGUGCACAGAAGCCUCGGCACUCAUAUCUCAAAGGUCUUGUCUGUGACACUUGAUGAAUGGUCAGAUGAGGAAGUCGACUCCAUGAUUGAAAUUGGAGGGAAUGCUUCUGCCAAUUCGAUUUACGAAGCUUUUGUACCUGAAGGAAGCUCCAAGCCUGGACCUGAUGUUAGUCAUGACCAGCGAAUGAGAUUCAUCAGGUCAAAAUAUGAACUCCAAGAGUUUCUGAAACCAAGCUUGAGGAUUACAUCUGGGAAGUGCUCGUCAAAGAAAUCAGCUUUCCUUAAAUCAAGUCUAUCUAGAAAGAUCAUGGAUAGUUUUCGCACAAACUCAUCAUCACAAAAGAUGUUUGAGGAAGGAAUGGUAGAGUUUAUUGGAAUGUUGAAGGUGACUGUUAAGAAAGGUACUAACUUAGCCAUCAGAGACAUGAUGUCAAGUGAUCCAUACGUUGUGUUGAAACUAGGGAAGCAAAAACUACAAACAACUGUGGUGAAUAGUAAUUUGAACCCGGUGUGGAAUCAAGAACUCAUGCUCUCUGUUCCUGAGAGCUACGGCCCAGUGAAAUUGCAAGUGUAUGACUAUGAUACAUUUUCAGCUGAUGACAUAAUGGGAGAAGCUGAGAUUGAUAUCCAACCUCUGAUAACAUCUGCAAUGGCAUUUGGGGAUCCUGAAAUGUUUGGAGAUAUGCAGAUUGGGAAAUGGCUAAAAUCGAACGACAAUCCCCUGAUAGAUGACAGCAUCAUUAACAUUGUCGAUGGGAAAGUGAAACAGGAGGUUCAACUCAAGCUUCAGAAUGUAGAGUCUGGAGAAUUAGAGCUAGAAAUGGAAUGGCUGCCACUUGACCAAUAA